GAUACGUCCUCUUUACUUCAGGCUACAGACGCUUGUAUAAUAGGAGGUUGUUUUUCCGAGGUUGUUUCGUCUCAACAGAAAUAAUAAUGGAAAUGAAUGUUUGCAAUAUCCAGGUGCUUCUUCGGGCUGCCGAGUUUCUGGAGAGAAGAGAACGAGAGGCAGAACAUGGAUAUGCGUCAGUGUUGCCUGUCACUUCAGGCCACUCUCACAAGAGAAGCAAACAGACCAGCAAAAACAUAUCUACUGGUGGAAAUAGGUCAGUUCACAACGAGCUGGAAAAAAACAGACGUGCUCAGCUGAGGCACUGCCUGGAGCAGCUCAAAAAACAAGUCCCAUUCUCAUCUGACUCGAUGAGGAACACCACCCUCAACCUGCUGAGACGAGCCCAACUUCACAUAAAGAAGCUGCAGGAGCAGGAUAAGCGUGCAGAGCAGUUGAAGGGCCGCCUGCGCUGGGAGCAGAGAGAGCUGCAGGUUCGACUGGAGCAGCUGCAGCGAGGCACAGAGAGGAUGAGGAACGACAGUCAAGGGUCAAGCAAGUCGUCCGAGAGGUCAGACUCUGACAGAGAGGACGUGGAGGUUGAUGUGGAGAGCAUCAUGUUUGACUGUGUGGACUCUGGCAUACUGAGCAUUACACACACUGAUGCAGACCACUGUUAUUCCAGCGUGGACAAAGCCUGGCUAUGACGGUGGCAAACCCGCGGUAACUCAGUUAAUGUCAACAGGUGUACAGAAAGAGAAGAUAUUCCAAAAACAAGCAAAGGACAAAGGAGAAGAGAGAGAUGUUACUGUACAACUGAACACUUUUUUUUUUUAACAGGAGUCACUUUUGACAUAGUCUUUAAAGUACGACAGGCUGCAACCUAAACCAUAAUGGUGGGUAUGAGUGAGCUCUGUCCAUUUGCACUGAAUAGCUGUUAAAAUCACUGGGCUGGGAUGGAUGUAUCAUUAAGCAUAUGUAUUUUCUGGUAUCAACCAUGAGUGGCAUUUUGUUUUCCAAAGCCACGAGAUCUGUUCAUUCAUCUGUAAGGGCUUUUAAAACUCUUAUUCUUUGCCACAGUACAUCUCUACUGAAUUCUGCCUUAAAUCAGAUUUGGUUUGUUAUUCUAUACAGCUUCUUCUUAGCACUAAGUUUAUAUUUCAGUAAUGCCAUGCGUAGCAUGCACUUAUACAUUAGUCUGUGCUGUUUUGUAUUGCCCCUUUGCAAGUUCAGUCACAUAUGCUAUUCUUCUGUUGCACAAAACGCCAACACGUUGCACUUGUUUCGUCUCAAAAAGACUGGGUACGUCAAAAUGAACUGGUCAUAUUUGCACAUUAAUAUCCAGCAAUUAACAGUGCCAAAUAUUAAUCUGGUGUAUUCUACAUGAUUCACUCAGUGAUUAAGUAAAAGAGAGCAUUAGUAUUUCUAGUAUUAACUGGAGUUUCUGAGAAGUGUUAUCGCAGCCAUUCGUUUCAGUGCUUGUGCAUGUAUCAAUUGAAGUGUUAAUUAUGCAUGCAAUGCAUUCACCACUGUCAAGCAGGUAAUAUCUACUUGUAAUGACUACACAACCUGUGCUGUAUUACAAGUAUGUACUGUACAAUAUUCAUUGCUAUAUAUUUAAUAACUGAAGGUGCUUUUUCUCUUCACUUUUGUAUAUGCAAGAUGCCUUAUUAUCCUCUGUUUGCAUUCAUCUCUCUGCCCAGUAAUAUUAUGUAGCAUUUUUGUACUGGUGUAAGCUUUUUAUAUGAAUAAAUAUUUUCUAUAUUUAUGUGCUGUUUUUACAGGAUCUAUUGAUGUACAGUGAUAAACAUCAAAUCUUUUCUUUACCAUUC